AUGGCGGCAGCAGUUUAUGCAGAUCUAGGUGGUAUCUCUUUUUCAUCUUGGUUAUUGAAAUUGGGUGAAGGUUCUCUAUCGAAUGCAAUUCUCAAUCAGCGGGCUGCUCCAAUAGCACCGGAGGAUCUCAUCGAAAUACCCUCCCGAUUCCAUGUUGCUUCUGUAGAUGAUUUAAUAGAUUUUGUUUAUGGAGGUGAUUUUACAGCUAAAGAAAACGGUACUAAGGCGAUUCUUUGUCCAACAAAUGCAGCAGUCGACAUCAUCAACGAAAUAAUCCUUCAACGGAUAGCUGAUACAGAAUCGAGGACAUAUCUGAGCGAGGACGUAUAUCUAGGACAGGAGGAUGACGAUUUUUUGGCCCCCCUUGAUCUUUUGAAUUCCAUCAAUGCUCCUUCUCUACCCCCUCAUGAAUUAGUUCUAAAACGUGGAGCGAUUGUUAUGUUGCUUCGAAAUUUGGAUGUGGAUGAAGGCGAAUGUAAUGGUUCACGAUUGAGGAUUAUUCGAUUAGGUCAUCAUAUAAUCGAAUGCGAAUUGUUAACAGGUCAUAGGAUAGGCGAGAGGUUGUUCCUGCCGAGAAUAAAGAUGAAGGCCCAAACUCCCAUGUUACCAAAAGAGAUACUGCGUUUUCAAUUUCCUGUCAGGUUAGCUUACAGUAUGACCAUAAAUAAAUCCCAGGGGCAAACUUUAGAUAGGGUUGGUAUUUGUCUCAAACGCCCAUGUUUCACUCAUGGUCAGCUGUAUGUAGCUUUUUCUAGAGUUGGCAGCGUUGAAUGCGUCCGCAUAUUUAUCGAAGAUUCCAGAAAACAGGGCACUUUCAAAUUCCGAGGAAAGAAACGUUUCACUAGAAAUAUUGUGUUCUCGAAAGUUCUUGAUGAACUGACUCCUCACCGGCGGGAAAUAAUUCAUUUGCCGGAUCCCAAUCCUGAUGAAGAAGAUGCAGCCGACAAUGGGGAAAAAUCAGGUUUUGCAGGUCCUUCCUCUUCUAACAUUCCUAAUUCGAAUUGCGAAAGUGAUCCUACAUCUCAGACGAUGAGGAUGACGUCUUUGAAACGACUGCUCUUAAAAUUCUCGGCGAGGUAG